CAACUUCAACCGAGAGGAUGGGUACAAACUGAGCAAUCAUUGGAAGGACGUUAUUAACCAGCUGACGCUUGUUCUGUAGAAUUGGCCUGAUGGAGCAAAGGCACUCAGUGCAGCUCGGUACAAGAAGGAAACAAUGCGUCCAGAAUGCAAACAGCACGGAUCGUACUGGAAACUUGACACUGCACCAGAGAACACACACAGGAGAGAAACCUUUCAAGUGCACCGUGUGUGGGAAGGCGUUUGCACAGUCAUCAACUCUUCAGACCCACCAGAGAACACACACAGGAUAUAAACCCUUCAUUUGCAGUGUGUGUGGGAAGGCAUUUUCAGAUUCAUCUACUCUUAAAAAUCACCAGAGAACACACAUAGGAGAGAAACCUUUUAAGUUCACUCUGUGUGGGAAGGCAUUUGCACAGUCAUCACAUCUUCAGACCCACCAGAGAACACACACAGGAUAUAAACCCUUCAUUUGCAGUGUGUGUGGGAAGGCAUUUUCAGAUUCAUCUACUCUUAAAAAUCACCAGAGAACACACACAGGAGAGAAACCUUUUAAGUGCACUCUGUGUGGGAAGGCGUUUGCACAGUCAUCAAAUCUUCAGACCCACCAGAGAACACACACAGGAAAGAAACCCUUCAAGUGCACUCUGUGUGGGAAGGCGUUUGCACAGUCAUCAAAUCUUCAGACCCACCAGAGAACACACAAGCAUCAGAAAAUCCACAAGAAGUGUAAUCUGAAAUCAGCUUGUGAAAGUCAAAGUGCUGCAAUGUCCCCAUUAUUCAUGAAACAAGAACCAGAAGAAAAUUCCAGCUUGGACACUUUUAAAGGUAUCAAGGUGAAAUAUGAAGAGGCGAAGGUGAAAUGUGAAGAAGUAACAGUGAAGAGCGUGGAAGUGAAGGUUAAAUUUGAGGAUGAGUCAACUCCAAAAUCGGACCUUCACAUAGAUGGAGGCAGUGUGAAGCAGGAACUAAAUUCUGACUAUGAUGCAGAGCGAGGCAACUCCCAGCAGUUUGUGGAUGUGGAGGUGUGGGUGGACUUAGACAAUACAAAGGCAAAUGGAGACCAGGUAGAUGUGCAAGCUUGAUACAAUUAAGCUCCUAUGGAUGCACCUUUGUCAAAGGCCUUUCUAAUGAAAGAAUGUGAAGUUGAACACUCAAUUUCUAGGUUCAAACUGCAGUGUAAUAGUGGCCAGUAUUUGUGGACCUGUGGGUUGGGUCGAUCUCUAACCAGGAGCGACUCAAGUGUUUUGUAUCAUAUCUCAUCUUAGACACUCGAUGGGUGCCCAUAAUGGGCAUCUGCCCCUGUGUGCCACAAGGUGACCGUUCACUGGCCUGUAUGUGGAUAUGAGUUUGUAAGUCGGGGGCGAUGAUUGAUAUGCCAGUCGGAUUUGAACCUUGAACCUCUGCAACAAAUAGAGAAUGUACUCCUACUUGGCUUCCCUUUAUGAGAGUGCUGUACGUAUAGGCCUCAUCGAGUCAUUGAUCAAUUUGUAAAUACGUAACGUGAUGCAGUACAUUUCAGUAUAGUAAUAAAAUGUUGUCAAUGUGCCUUUCGAUUAUUUGAAUCAUCAUUGAAAGAAUACUUGUCUGAUUCUGAACGUACAUGCAACAUUUUGUGUAUUAAUGUCAAACAUGGAAUAUGUGAUGUCAGGACAAAAUAUCUGUUUUGGUGGUAACCUGUACGUAUAACUCACAUGAGAGCGGUUGUUUUUGUGAUACGGGUCCAAGGGUAUUUUUGUGAAUCAGGAUGCAUCUGACUCCGAGGCAACUCAUUGUCUUUGAAAUUGGGAGCAUAGUCGGAUCAUUCAUCAGUUAUAAGGCAUGCCACUUAAAAGUUAUGUAUAGGAGAUACAUUCUCCACAAGAACACUAAUAAUUUUGUAUUACAUAUGUACAUUUUGUCAAACUGAGACUUGAAAUGGACCUUGCUGAUGAACAUCAGUUGAAGCAAGCCCGACUGUUGUUGAGACAUUGUACACCUGUCGUGAGUUCUUGGAGACACUCGUAGAGGCCACGUGUUAUUUUUAUAUAUAUAUCGGAAAGACAGCGUAUGACAGCCCUGUUCUUCACCUGAGGACGGCUGCUUGCAUUGUGGCCGAAACGUCGUGAGAAUUGUAUUUUUAUUAUUUUAUUAUUUCCCUUCUACGUGACUUUACCAAAAGAACCAAGAAGAUGAAUCCCAGCAGUCACGAAAGCUUUAAAUAUAAAUUUUGCCUAAUACAAUUAUAAUGUUCGUGUGCAGAAACUAUGUGUGUCCCUAAAGUCGAUGUCUGUGUGUGUGAGUCCAUAUGUGUUUGUGUGCAUGUAAGUCGAUGGGUUUCUAUGUGUGUGGGUCCAUGUCUGUGUGUAAGUCCACGUGUGUGUCUGUCUUUUUCAAAUGGACAAUGCCCCGUGUGUGUGUGUACGUACAAGUGUUUGUGUGUCAGUCCAUUUGUGUGUGUAUCAGUCGCUGUGUGUGUGUUAGUCCACGUGUGUGUGUUUCACUCUGUGUCUAAGUGAAUGCGUGUGUGUGAGUCGAUGUGUGUGCAUGGCUCCAUCUGAGUGUAUAAGUCAAUGUGCGUUUGUGUCAGUGGAUGUGUGUGUGUGUGUUAAUCCAUGUGUGUGUAUCUAAAGUAGAUGUCUGUGUGUCACAGUCCAUAUGUCUAUGUGUGUGUAGGGCAAUGUGUAAGUCCAUGUGUGUGUGUCUUAGUCUGUGCGUGGAGCGGUAGUGUAGCGGUUAGCGCGCUGCGCAAUGAACCUGGCGUCCCGGGUUCGUUUCCCGCUCACGGCCAACACCAGUGACGAUUAUCUGAAAUGGUCCCGGGCCUCCCCUAGGUCGACUCAGCCUCAAAUGAGUACCUGGUGCGGUGUGUAAACAUCGCCGCUAGGGAGACAAAGGCGGUCGGGCGUGGUGCUGGCCACCCACCCCCUCGUGUACCGUUCUGGCCUUCAUAGGUGCUCGCUAACAGCACUUGCCCCUACAGUCUGUUAAGGCUAUACGGGGGAUCUUUGUCUUGUGUGUAAGUACAUGUGUGUUUACGUCAAUGUGUGUGUGUCGAUGUGUGUGUGUGAGUCGCUGUAUGUGUGUAUGUCGAUAUAUGUGUGUGUAACUCCAUGUGUGUGUAUCUAAAGUGCAUGUCUAUGCGUGUGUGAGUCCAUGUGUGUGUGUAAGUCCAUGUGUUUGUGUGUGUGAGUCGAUUUGUCUAUGUGUGUCAGUCCAUGGGUGUCUGUGUUAGUCGCUUGGUGUGCAUGGCUCCAUGUCAGUGUAAGUCCAUUUCUUUGCGUGUCUGUAGGUCCAUGUGUGCGUGUGAGUGAAUGUAUGUGCUUUAUUGACCUGCUCAAGGCCUAUGAUACCAUCAGUAGGCCUGGCCUCUGGGUUGUGUUGCAUUUAUGCCCCUUUUUCCAAAAAUGCAUAUUAAGAAUAAUUAGGCCAAUAUUUUUUUUGUUUAAUUAAAUAAUGAAAACAACCGCUGCUCAGGCCACGCCAGACAUUUGAAAAAACGUGGAAUGCCAUUAAAAACUGCAAACGUCAGGACCUCCCCAGCCACCUUUGGCUUCCAACGGUUAGGCACAAACACAUGCCAGCCAUAAAAUUCGGAGAGGGGUCUGGCCUCGGGAUGACCCACGCAGGGGGAGCAAGGGAGUUAGAGGUUCGCGAGAAGGGGUCUGAGGCCUGGCAUUCCAAGGGUGUCUGUUUUCUUUCUGUUGUUGGUUUUCUCUCGCAAGAGACGCGCAGAGGGGAGGGGGUUUUCACGUUUUGGGUUUUUAAAACACAAACGCACAUCACGCAGUCCAGUCUGGUUCGAGUCGCGCUCAGUCUUGUGACUCGGCUUGCGACGUAGCGUUGCGAGGGAGGCUCGCAAGGGAGUUGGGGCGGGUCGUGCCUCGAGGAGAGAUGGGACGAGGAGGGGUCGUUAGAGUUGCAGAAGUCUGAGUUCAGUCUGGGUCGAGGCUGGGUUUCAGCCGUACUCCAGCUGGCGGUGCCGUCGCGAGGGAGCAAACAUCGAUGGCCAGUGUCGCUUCUCGCAGAACAAAGUGACGAGGUGUGGUUAAGUGCGAGUGAAGCUUGCGAAAUUCCAGCUAUCACUCGUGAAAGAGCCCAAGCCAACGCAAGGGCGGGUGUCCGUGUGAAGCUGGCAGCUGCACGAUCAUGGAGAGAGCACGGAGAAAAUGAGAGGGUGACGAGCGACAACAAGCAAUCAACCUGGAGAAAAGGGUGGAAAUCGCCAAGCAUCGACCAAGCGAGCAUCAAAGAGGACCAGCAGCAGCGGAUGAGCGACGAGAGCCAUCGUGCAUCGCCAGAGAGAAUGGAGCAGUGGAAAGAGCCUGAUCGGCCGCCCACGAAUGCGACGUGUGUUUAAUACACACACACAUCGACCAGCACCCGCUGAGAACCGACUCGUCAUCCAGCAGUGGAGGAGCUGCGCGCUCUCCGACGACGGAAUCAUCGCGCACCACGACGGCGAGCGUCGUGCCGACGCCACUCAUCUAGCAGUGGAGAGAGGGAGUGCAUGAGCAGCACCACCCGGGCGCCACCGAGCGUCAAGCAACCCAGCCUCUUCAAGGACCGCAUCGUGCCAACGCCGCUCAAUCUAGCUGCGGAGAGAGAAAGCCAGCUACGGGAUCGCGGCUGCCACGCCCGAGCGAGAGGGAACCUCUCUGAAGUGCUGGUUGUAUACCCCUCCCCCACCUCACAAGCUCCGACACAGCGCCCUGCCUCUGCUUAAAACAAUAAUUAUCAAGGGAACAAUACAACGCACACACAACACGCACACGAAUAAGACUAUUUCAAAAAGUUAUCUUUGUGUUUCGAAAAGGGUUGCCAUUUCAAGGUGGUGCGUUCAAUAUCAACUGAUCGUGCAAAGCAGUUGCUGCCGUCGAGUUACAUGAAUAAGAAGUGUUUUAGUCAUUUGUUUUCGUUAAUUGCGUAAUCUUGCCGAUUAAUCUAUUGACGUAUACUUUUGCCUUUGCAUAUUAGAGUGUCAUAUUUUUGUUAAGAAUAAAAAUUGCUUACCAUAGAAGUGUUUGAGUGUUUCUUUCCAAGUCCAUGCAAAACUCUUAUUUAUAAGAACUGUACCCUGCGUUGAGAGAUUAAUUUGGAGACCUAACAUAACAUAAACACACUAAGAUAAUCAAUAAAUGUUUAAUCAAAGAUAAUCAUUUUAUCCCGAUUGAUAAAUACGACACUGGGCAGCGAAGCUAAGCCUAACUAUCAUAACUGCCCACAUUAACAUAAUCGCAAGCAUUUGCAUAAAUCAAAACGAUUAUCUCCAUGAUUAUCAUAAUCUAUGCAUAUAAUAACAUGCAUUAGCAUAAUUUUUGCGAUUUACGCAUUUUCCCAACUUUUAUUAUUUUAUAAAAAUUUCA